AUGGAUUUUAUUUGUAUACCUCCAUAUUAUAAAAUCAUUUUAAUGAUAAUAAUGUUAAUUUUUUUAAGGCCCCGAUGUGAUACGAACAAUUUUCUGAAUUGUUCAGGAGAAAAAGAAAUGAUAUCUUCUACUUAUUUUAAAAGAAGAGAUGACAAUAGGUAUAUAUUAUGUCGUAUAUUGAAUGAUCAAAGAGAUAUUGAAAUAACUCACAUUGCAGAUAUUUUACAUUAUAAUAAAAAAAAUGAUGGUUAUAUGAGAAAAGAAUAUAAUUUAUUAGAAGAACAAAAUAAUGUAUCAUAUAAUCCACUCAAUAGUUAUAUAUAUAAAAAAAAAAAAAAAUACUUAUCAUAUGAGAACCCCCAAAAAAAAAAGGAAAAAAUAACCCAUAAUAUAAAAUAUAAAAAUAUGUCACAUAAUGAUCAUAUGUCAAAUAACAUAUUGUGGAAGAACCCUCAUCUAUAUAACAAAUCUUAUACUCUUAAUGAAGAUGAAAAGAAUAUUUUAUGUUUGUCUAAACAAUGCAAUCAAAAAAAUGUAAUUAAUGAUUUUAAUUAUGAUGAAUUCUUAAAAAAUGAGGAAAAAAAAAAAAAAAAAAAAAAAAAAAAAAAUUAUAUAUAUAACAAAAAAAAUAAUAAUAAUAAAAUAAAUGAAAUUAAUUCAGUACAACAUUUUAAUGUUAAAAAAAAUAUAUUAAUUGAAAAAAAAAAGGAUCUACUAAAUGAUAAAUUAAAAAACAAAAAAAAAAUUGGACAAAUUAAAUUUCAUAUUGUUGGUUAUGAUAAAAAAAAAAUAAAGAAUUAUCUCACACCCUCUAUGAUUAGUUCAAUUAAAAAGAAUUUAAUGAACAAAAAUAAAAAAAUGAGUGAGGAUGUAAAAAUGGAUAAGUCUAUUGGGGGCGUCUUCCCAUUUUUUCCAAGGGAAUAUUUCGUGCGCUCGUCGCCAAAUAAAGAGAACAUAAAAAUGAAUACAAAUAAGAAUAAUAAAGAAGAGUCUAUAAUAAAUGAAAAACUUUUAAAAAAUUUACAAAACAUAUCUUUCAGUAGUAGAAUAAAAGACAUUCAAGUGGAAGAAGGAAGUGAAAGAAAAAUAAAAGAAGAAGAUAAUAAUAUAAAAGAGCAAGGUAAUUCAUUUAAAAAAUAUUUUAAAGGUGUUGUAAAAUUAUAUGUGGAUAUAACAGAGCCUAGCCUUGAAAUGAUAUGGCAAAACAAUCCACCUAAAAGCAUAACAGGAUCUGGGUUUAUUAUUGAGGGUCAUUUAAUUUUAACUAAUGCUCACAAUAUUUCUUAUAGUACCAGGAUAUUAAUAAGAAAGCACGGAAAUUCUGGAAAAUAUGAGUCGAAGAUUUUAUUCGUUGCACAUGAUGUAGAUAUAGCAAUCCUAACUGUUGAAGAUAAAACAUUUUUUGAUGAUGUAUAUGCUCUUCAUUUUGGACCUCUGCCUUCCUUAAAAGAUGAAAUUAUAACUAUUGGAUAUCCAUCAGGUGGUGAUAAGUUGAGUGUAACAGAAGGAAUUGUAAGUAGAAUAGACGUGCAGUAUUACAAACAUUCAAAUUAUAAAUUUUUGUUAACCCAAAUAGAUGCACCUCUGAACCCAGGGAAUAGCGGAGGCCCAGCUCUUGUCAAAGAAAAAGUUGUAGGUAUUUGUUUUCAAUCCUACAAAGUUUCUAAUAAUAUAUCAUACAUUAUACCCAGCACUAUAAUUAGUCACGUUCUUUUAGAUAUACAUAAAAAUAAAAAAUAUACUGGAUAUGCUUUCUUGGGAGUCAAGUAUGAACCUCUAGAAAAUCCUUAUCUGCGUGAAGCCUUAGGAUUAGCAGAAUUGGAAAGAAAAAAAAUAAUAAAAGAAAAUUCUGGAAUAUUGAUAACGGAGGUAUUUGAAGGUCAUAUGAGUAAAGAACAAGGUAAACAUUAUAAUGUGUGUGGUAAAUAUGAUUAUAUGGGUGAUAAAUAUGAUUAUAUUGGUGAUAAAUAUGAUUAUAUUGGUGAUAAAUAUGAUUAUAUUGGUGAUAAAUAUGAUUCUAUUGAUGAUAAAUAUGAUUAUAUUGAUAAUAAAUAUGAUUAUAUUGAUGAUAAAUAUGAUUAUAUGGGUGAUAAAUAUGAUUAUAUGGGUAAUGACCAUAGGGAUACGCCUGAGAUGGAUGCAUCCUGCACAUAUAUUUUAAACAAUAUUAAGAGUGAUAAAAAAAAAAUAUAUAAUAAUAAUAAUAAUAAUAAUAAUAAUAAUAAUAGUAGUAGUAGUAAUAAUGAUUAUAUUAGUGGUGAGGAUGGAAAUCUUUUGUAUGGUUUAAAAAUCAAUGAUAUAAUUCUAAGAGUAGAUGAUAAACAGAUUAACAACGAUGGCACUGUCAUCUUAAGAGACGAAGAAACUGUAGGCUUUGAAUAUUUAUUUAAUGAUAAAUUUAUAAAUGAUAUAAUUAAAAUUAAAAUAGUAAGAAAUAAGAAAAUAAAAAUAAUUAUAAUAAAAUUAUAUAAAGUAGAAUAUUUAUUAAAAAAACAUAACUGGGAUAAAAGAAAUAAAUAUUUUAUAUAUGGUGGAAUAGUUUUUACUAUAUUAACAAGAAAUUUAUAUUUGUAUGUACAAAAUACAGAGAUUGAUAGAUUAUUAUUAUAUAAUCAUUUUAAAAAAAAAAGUACAGAUGAAAUAGUUAUAUUAAAAAAUAUAUUACCAACAAAAAUAACAACAGGAUAUUAUUACACUGAUUCUAUUGUACUUAAGGUAAAUAAUAUAAUUGUAAAAAAUUUAAAACAUUUUAUUCAAUUAAUUGAAAUGAUAAAAUAUACACACAAAUCUAAAUACUUAACCAAAAAUAAAUAUAAUCUUCAUAACUAUAUAAAUUGUUAUAAUAAAAAUAUAACAUCAUUAGAAUUAAAUAAAAUUAUUCAUAUUUUAAUUUUAACAACGUCUGGUCAGCAAGUACCGAUAGUAUUAAAUAAAAGAGACGUUCAAAAAUAUUCGGAAGAAAUUAAAAAGAUUUAUUCUAUAACAAGUGAUAGAUAUGUAUACUAG